AUGUCUCGUCCACAUCCCCUUGACGCCACAUUAUAUGCGCUGACAGAGGACGAAGUUGCGUUCUUCAAAUCCCAAACUGGGAUAGAAGAUGACGCUGCGCUCAAGAGCCACAUCGUUUCCGUGCAGGAGGAAGCUUACAAGAUAUGCCCUUAUCCAUGCAUUCGUCGAUUCGCAUUCACGAAGAUGUACAUUUCGACAUAUCCGUGCUACGACGACUUCCUGAAACUUGGAAAAGAGCGCAAAGGAGCUAUCUACGCUGACAUUGGAUGUUGUUUUGGCAAUGAUCCUAGAAAGGCAGUCAUGGAUGGCUAUCCCGUCGAGCAGGUGCUAGCCUCUGACUUGCGUCCUGAAUUUUGGGACCUUGGACACAAGCUGUUCAAGAGCACGCCUGAUACUUUCCCGGCACGUUUCAUCCCUGCGGACAUCUUCCAACUGAAAGAUUUGCCGAAGAAAGAAGCAGGCUCUGUCCCUGAACUUUCCCAGGUGCAAUCCAUAGGCGAACUCCGAGGAAGUAUCUCUGCCAUCCACGCCUCGGCUCUCUUUCAUCUCUUUGACGAAGAAGGGCAAUUUGAGCUUGCGAAGAUUAUGGCUGCUUUGCUGUCGUCUGAGCCCGGAUCCAUGAUAUUUGGAUCACAUGGCGGUCGACCUGAGAAAGGUAUCCGCUUCGAGGUCGCUCCCGGAUGUGAUAAUAACUUAUUUUGUCACUCACCCGAGAGUUGGCGAUCUUUAUGGGAUGGCGAAAUAUUCCCCAGAGGUACUGUUCGUGUUGACGUAUCAUUGCUGGAAACGGAACGCCGAGAUAUGAUAACAAUCGAUGCUGGUGUCAAGCAAUACCUUCUCGUUUGGUGUAUAACGGUUCUGUAA